GGGCCAUUUUGGAGAUUCAAAAGGUCUACCGGCACUAACCGAAAGCCAUCAGACACAGCGCCUAGCAAGCCAGCAAGCAAAGCACCGCUUGUACUUCGAAGAAGCCACAAAGCACGCUGUGACCGCCACAUGGCGGCCACUGGAGCUUUUCCGUCUUCUUACCAAAACCGUAACCUCCAAUUUCCCAAACCCUUGUCCUCCUCCGCCGCUUUUGUCAUCAUCAAAGCACCGAGCACAAAGACGAAGAAGCACAGCACCAAUAGCAUCAGGUGCGAGAUCACCAGCACCAACAAUUGGACCGUCGAGCCGGACCGUCCGGUUCAUUUCUUCAACAACAACUCGCCGGACCACCUUCGGGUGCCAAUGGCUUCCGAAUCGGCCGUCAAGAAGGUCUGCCUCUUCUACUGCGCCGAGACCAAAGAGCUCGCUCAGAAAGUCGCCGCCGAGUCCGACGGAAUUGAGCUCCGUAGCAUCACCUGGAGGAAAUUUGCUGAUGGAUUCCCUAACAUUUUCAUACCCAAUGCUCAUGCGAUUCGCGGACAGCAUGUGGCGUUUCUGGCCUCGUUUAAUUCUCCGUCGGUGAUUUUUGAGCAGCUCUCUGUAAUCUAUGCAUUGCCCAAGUUGUUCAUCGCCUCAUUCACGCUUGUGCUUCCAUUUUUUCCGACUGGGACGUCGGAGCGUAUGGAGGAUGAGGGAGAUGUUGCCACUGCUUUCACACUGGCAAGGGCAUUGUCGAAUAUACCGAUUUCGAUGGGAGGGCCGACUAGUUUGGUUAUCUAUGACAUCCACGCCUUGCAGGAGAGGUUUUACUUUGGCGAUAAUAUCUUACCGUGCUUUGAGAGUGGUAUCCCAUUGCUUAAAACUAGGCUUCAACAGCUUCCUGAUUCUGACAAUGUAACCAUUGCUUUUCCUGAUGAUGGUGCAUGGAAACGAUUUCAUAAGCAGCUACAGCACUUCCCAACUAUUGUUUGUGCCAAAGUUCGGGAAGGUGACCAACGCAUUGUUCGUAUUAAAGAGGGAGACCCUAAAGGACGGCAUGUUGUGAUUGUUGAUGAUUUGGUUCAAUCUGGUGGCACAUUGAUUGAAUGUCAGAAAGUUUUAGCCGCCCAUGGAGCAGGAAAGAUAAGUGCUUAUGUAACACAUGGGAUUUUCCCUAAUAGAUCAUGGGAACGCUUCGGAAGUGAUAAAGGAGGGAACCCUGAGCAGGGGCUCACAUACUUCUGGAUUACAGACUCGUGUCCCACCACAGUGAGAGAUGUGAUGCACAAUCCACCAUUUGAAGUUCUUAGCCUUGCUGGUUCCAUAGCGACUACUCUUCAAAUCAAUUAGACGACCAAAUGAUGCCAACUUUCAGCGGCAUUGAAAAACUGUUGUGCAUUUUUGUUUUCUUUGGCUGUACAAACUGUUGUGCACUUUCAUGACAUUAAAUGUUAGCUUUACUUAGUGUGAGUUAAUAAAUGGGGAUUGAGAGCUUAAACUCGGGGGUAAAGCAAUAUUGAUAGGGCUACUUGUGAUGAUUGUUACUAUUAAACAUCAAAUAUCAACGGAUCAAGGGCUGAGACUAUUGGAUCAAACGUGGAAACCCGUUAAAAUGUAAUUGUUGGAUCAAUAAUACCAGGCCCGUGUACAGACUACAGAAUGAGCCAGGCCUGUUGAAGGUCGGUCUGUUUAUCGACCCGGCAUAAAACUCCAUAGCUUGGGCACAUGUCAAGGUUCUGAAUCCUGAUUCCUGAUCCCUGAAAGAAGACUACCAACAUCUAGUUUGAUAAAAGGACAAGCCAAGAGGGUCCAUAAUUCGAUUUUGACACUAUGCCAAACCUCCUUCAUCUGUAUACCAAGAGCAGACUUGACAAGAUGUUUUAAGUUCCCAAAUAAAUCUUAACGUUACUUAAUCUGUAUUAACGAUUCUCAACUCAACGUUAAUGGAAAAGUUUACAUCAAAUUCAUACCAGUCAACUUCUGACUGGUAAAAAAAGGUGUUGCACUUUUGUCAUUGCAUCAUGACCUUUAUUCUUGUACGGGUAUCUCAGGUGAGUCUCUCCAACCUGACCUUUAUUCUUGGAUUCUGAACUCAGGUGAGUCAUACUCAAUACACGGAAACAAUGCUUGGCUCCAUCAUGCAAGUCCUUCCUUCUUACAAGUCGAUCACAAUUUGACAUGGAUAGACUUGUAAGAAGCAAUUGGUACAAAAAGAAACGAAUAAAUUGAACAGAUAAAAGAGCCAAGCACUUACGGUGCGUUUGGAUGAGAAAAUUAUAAAAACCGUAGGAAUUUAUAAAUGAUGGAAUCUUUAACUCCAUCAAUCUAAAAUUUCAUUUGCAAUUUCUAUUGUUUGAUUGCAUUUAUUUAGGAUUUGAAAUGUGUAAUAAAUUAAAAAAAUUUGAAACAAAUAAAAAGAUAAAAUAGAAAAAAGUCUUGUUUUGGAAAUAAAAAUUGAAUACUGCAAAGGAAUUCGUAAAUGACACCUAUUUUGGUGGAAAUUAAAGUGAGGUAUUUAAAUAACAAAUUCCUUCGUUUUUUUCCACAGAGAAAUUUCCAAUCUGAUAAAUACCAAAUGAGAGAAUUGACUGUUAGGAAUUAUGAAAUCCUCACUUUCAAUUAAAUUCCAUCAUUUUUUCCCUCAACCAAACACACUCUUAAUGUACAGCCGUACAGGGCAGGGUGUAAGUAAUUUACAACUGGAAUGACAAAUCUCAACAUAAACACGAAAAGUUUCUAUUUCCAAAACGAGGCCAUCUUUAGAC